GUCUAAGGUCGGUGUGCGGAAAACCGAAGGGUUUCCUUCGUUUCUGUAUGUGUUUGGGCAUCGAUCUGCGGGUGAAAUGACAUGUCGUACAUGUUUCAAAUGAUUCGAAAACACCAUGUUUGCAACUAUCCCAUUGUUCUUUUGAGCUCUAUGAUAUUGAUAGACACACUGAUGCCAGGAUGUCGUGAGAAUUAGAUGGAGCUUUUGUGAGCGGACACAUCCAGUCAAUCCUGUUGAAGCUUUGAUAGGGUGUGCGAUGAAACGCUUGCAUUGGCUUGCAGUCUGCUCAUGUGAGCCUGACAGAGAGCUUUGAACUUGCUAUGCUGCAACAACGUCCGCUGCCCAAACCUUACACACAUCCUGCAAGUCUAAAAAGCAGUUACACUACCUUUUGGUCCUAGUAGGAGGUGGUGCACAAGGGUUUUUAAACAUAUGUAUUUUUGUGAAACAAGACUCGAAUUGGGUCGCACGAGUGCAGCCGAGUCAAGGUAGAGGAUGAAGCUUUGGGAAAGCAAACAAAAAAACUAUCGUGUUUUUCUCGCUUACGGAUGAAGAGCCCAACCAUACCCAACCUGUUUUUUCACUGACCGUUUUUGGCGGGGUCCUGCUUUUGCCCCUGCAGCGGGGAUUGAUAGGGUCCAUGCUGUCAUAUGCUGUCUAUGCUUCCAGGAUCUACCACAAGGGCCACAGCUGUUGCAUGACUGUCAAGGUCGCGCCUUUCGACAUAAAACCACCAACUGUGAUCACCCUGCCAGCUGAUAAAAAAGAAAAAACACAUAUGGUUUUGCUUAUGUCCAUCCCGUUGCAUGUAUUUAUAUAUAUAUAUAUUAAUUAGUUGGUCCUGGUUUUUGUGGACAGCAACUCCAAACAGAACUCCAUCAACCAGAAAAAGAAACACGAACUUCGUCCCAUCCUCUUCGUCAGCCGCCUCGCCUCGUCCUGUCUCACCUUGCCACGCUGUCGCCGGGAGCUCGCCAUGUUUGGCUAUGUGAGUCGAGCCAUCGAAGGACUCGUGAAGGAUGUGCGCAGCGGUGCAAGUAAAGGAGCGAAGGACUUGCAGCUGGGUGUGGAUGCCAUGCGAACAGGCAUUGAAGAGUUCACGGAUGACGUGUCCAGCAAAGCCAUGGAGGGCGUCAUGACCUUGGCGGAGUCGCCCUCGAGGGUCAAGAGCCUUUUGACCAAUCAGAUGGACGAGGCACUUGCGAGGCACGACAACCAGAUGGUGAACCAACUCUUGGACAAUGCCAUGGCACACCACUUGUUGGGACCACAGGCCCCUUCGAUCAUCCGCAGCGCCGCUCAACAACAGGCGAAGCGUCAGCUGCGCGAGGCGAUCGAUUCUGGGGAUCCCAAACGGCUGAAGGGCUCACUGGUCGCAGCUAAGCGUCUGAAUGCCACCGAUCUGCCGGAGUUUCAAGAGGCCGUUGCCAAGUACAAGGAAGUGAGGAAGUUGCCGUUGGGUUGGGAUGUGAGUUUGAUGGUCCUCCAUCGCGAGGGCGCACGCAUGGUCGCCAAGCUGGAGCUGGAGGAUCCCAACGUCCGUGCCCGUUUUCAGCGCUUGUUGGACCUCACCCACCGGAAGGUCUACACCCGCGACCGCAUGGGUGAGCCAGUCCCCGAGAGGUUGCAACUCCUCACCGUGUCCUCUGUGACCAACGACGAGUCUUGGGCACAGUACGUGGCACGGCGUGAGGCCGUCCGUCGGGAGAUCGACUCUGACAAAACGGACUGGUGCAGCUAUGAUGUUGACACCGUUGCGCGAUCGUCAGGCGACGAGGCGCUGGAUGCCUUGGGCGAAAGCGCCGAAAGCAUCGCCUUUGCCAUGGCGGAUGAUUUUGCCACGCCUUUGAUGGGCGAGGUGAAUGAGGUCUUCCUCUUCCACGGCACCACCGAGAGCGCCGCGGAGAAGAUCAAGACCCACGACUUCAGGAUCAACCUGGCGGGCUCCAAUGCUGGCACCUUGUAUGGCCGAGGCAUCUACCUGGCUGAGAACGCCACGAAGAGUGAUGAAUACACGCAUCCCGGGCCGAAUGGUGUGCGACACCUGCUGCUUUGCCGUGUCACGCUGGGGCGCGUGUUUUACAGCAACACCAAGGAGACGGAACCACGAAAAUGUGAAGAUGCCUGCUUGAAGGGCAAAUUCCAUUCCAUCUUAGGGGACCGGAAAGCUUGCCGAGGCACCUUCCGCGAAUUCGUGGUCUUUGAUGAGGAACAGAUUUACACCAACUACAUUCUGACCUACCGCCGUCAGUAGCGACCCUGCGCGACCUGCGUGGUGCUCGAGCUCGGAGAGCGCCGAUCUGAGCUGCGGCACGAGCUCCCAUUCGGCUAAUAGCGAAAUGACCUAAUAGCAAACCCUAUUAGACUUUCUUCGUGUCUAGCAGCCAUGGCCUCCAACCUAAGACGUAGGACCCAUCAGAUGUGCAACAGGAUGUGCUACCUUCGAACCGAAUGUACGACUAGAACCUGAAAAGACAUCUCCAAACCUACAGUGUCCAACACGGAUGUCAGAUGGAAGAUUAUUCCCAGACGCUCUGUGAGAACAGCCCGUCCUGUCCCUGGUGAGAACCUCCAGACCCCUCUAGAAAGCAGAGCCCUUGGGUUGGAAGAAUGCCUAAACACCAACAGGACAAGCACCUAAACACUGCAGAUACCAUGCAACAUACCACGGGUGUCUAGCUCCCAUAGUGGGACCAAGACAUGGCAAUACAUCAGGUGGUAG